CUGAUCUUUGCGGUGCUGUGAAGGUACCAUGAAACGUGUGUACCCCAAUCAGGUGGUCCCCGCAGAUGCUGCGGCCAGGAAGCUCUUUAACGGAGAUGAUUUGGGGCUUACUUUCUACACGCACCCGCCGAAUGCAGAGGUCAGUGUCCGACAAUUCGAGGACUUCACGGCAAGCCGCCUGAAGCUUCUCCAUGCCAUCGACCGGGCCUGUAACAGUCAGGAAUUGCGGUUAGAGGCGAUGAAAGAGAUCAGACCGAAAUUGGCGAGAGAAUUUCGAGAUUCCGGCCUCGAGCUAGGCUAUCCGGAGACGCCAGGGAAGACUCAGAGCUUCCGCAUAGACAAACUCGACUUCCAAGGUAGAGACAACAUCUCUCAUUUCGCUCUCCGUUUGGCCUUCUGCAAGAAUCGCGACGCACGAGAGUGGUUCCUGCGACAAGAGCAACGACUCUUUGUGCUACGCUUUGAGGCGCUGAGUCCAGAGGCUAGGGAGACCUUCGUGGAGUCCGUGGGUUUGGAGUGCACCAGGUUUCAAGAUGGCGACUAUGAGAUGAUUUCACUCAAGAAGCUCCAAGCAACCACUCCUGGGGCCCGAAUCUGGGUUGAGGGAUCGAGAGUGCCGCAGUAUGAGCUCAAUUUUUAUGUGAUGCCCUUUCGGGAGGUGCCCGAAAGGCUGAUUUCUGGUCGCCGAGUAGUCUUGCACCGCGGAAAGGCCUUCGUGCCUGCGAGCUUGCUAAAACUCGUCAUCACCCGGCGAUUCAAGGAGAGUUUGUCUGCUGCCUUGGACGUUGCUUUCCAAGGCCAACAUGUGGCGAUGAUAGAUCCCCGCGUGGGCGGAUUCCUUCGUGUCUUGCAGGAGCAUGGUAUGGAGCUGGUGGCACCGCGGUCAUCCUCAGAGGAGCUCUCUGAGAAGUUGUCGCUGGGGAACUUCGAGCAGCUCCUGUCCCGCUCCUUCCCUCCGUGCAUGCGGCGGUUGGUGGAGAAGCAGCGUGAGACCAAGAAGCACUUGAAGCACGCUGGAAGGUUGCAGCUGCGGCCUUUCCUCAAGGCAUGUGGCUUCACCUUCGAGGACUCCUGUUCAUGGUGGAGGAAGGAGCUGUGUCGGGAUCCUACGCUCACCAGCGAGAAAUUUGAGAAGUCUUAUCUCUAUGACGUGGAACACGCCUAUGGAAAGAAGGGACAUCUUCAAGGUCAGAAUUGCUGUGGUUGCCCCGCGAUUAUUGCCUCGCCGGGGGAAGCGGCAGGGCAGGUUCAUGGUUGCUUCUUCAAGCAGCUGGAGCCAUCUGCGUUGCAACAGCAGCUGCAGAGGUGGCAAGUGCCAAUUGCCACAAUGCUUGAGAUUCAAAGACUCAUCAAAGAAGGAAAACACUAUCAGUUGGCCUGCAUCGAAUACUUCAAGUCUCAGCAUCCUUCAAGCGAUGGCGAAGGAGUGGGCAACUCGCCGAUGGAUUUCCUCCGGACCAGUUGUCGAUACCACAAGGCGCAGAAGGCCACGAGUCCCAAGGAUUUGGCUGAGCCACAGGCAAUUGAAGGAUAAGUGUUUUUUCGUGGGAAAUGCAGUUGGGAUCCCUGAAACUGA